AUGUCAAAGAAAGCUUUGUCCCAGUUAUCGUUUGACCCUCCUGAAUCCUUGGACAAGGAUCAAGUCGUUGCUAAAGUACUGCAACUUAGGGGUUCAGCAUUAUUCACUGUUUGUGAACCCAAUGGAAACGAAUUACUCGUUGAAAUACCUGCAAAAUAUCGGAGCAAAGCAUGGAUUAAACGGGGUGGAUAUGUUGUAGUGGACAAGUCUGAAUUUACUGAUCAGCAAAACAAAAUCGAUGGUUCUAUUGUAUACGUGGUUCAGCACCCGUUAAAGAAUUGGGAGAAGCAAUCUUACUGGCCUAAAGAGUUUGUCAAUAAUACCGCUGCAGAGAUCGAUGAAAGUAGCAGUAGUGAAAGUGCCGAGGAGAGUGAUUGA